GCGAGGGAGAGCAACGCAGAGACCAGGAGAGUUUGAGUGAGAAAGAGAGGUAGCGGUGAGUGAGUGAGAGAGAAAGAGAGAGGUAGAGAGUGGAGAGUAGAGGGAGAGAGAGAGGCGCAGCACUAGAGCGAUCAGGAGAGAGGGUGCGCUCUGUAGUCAGUCUGGAAGGCGAAGUGACAGAGGCGUCAAGCGGAGCCCGGCAGUGCACAGGAAGGAGGGGGGACAACGGCCAUGCCAUCACAGGGACGUCCGCGAGUCUGAGGAGAGACCAAAAUCUGCAGAUCACAGAAAGGACUACAAUGGUGGCAUCAUAUCAAUGGGACACACUGCCAACUCACCGCUCCAUCUUGCUGUAGGUCAUUUAUAAAGGCUAGCUUGUGGAUUACUUGGGAUCCUACAACAAUGACAAAUCGAUUCCUCCUCCUCUUCCUGCUGCUCACGUUCCCCCAACUGAUCUCCAUGGCACUACUAGGGAGCAGGAGUAGUGGAAACCUCUUUAACAAGGAGGGGCAGCUUCUGCACAGGUCAAAGCGGGGCUGGAUGUGGAACCAUUUCUUUCUGCUGGAGGAGUACACUGGAACAGACAAUCAGUACGUGGGCAAGCUCCACUCCGACAUGGACAAAGGAGACGGGAGUGUGAAGUACGUCCUCACCGGAGAGGGAGCGGGGACCCUGUUUGUGAUCGAUGAAAAGUCGGGCGACCUUCACGCCACCAAGGGGCUGGACAGGGAGGAGAAGGCCAACUACACCCUCCGAGCCCAAGCGGUCAACAGGUACACGGGACGUCCGCUGGAGCCGGAGACCGAAUUUGUCGUCAAAAUCCACGACAUCAACGACAACGAGCCAAAGUUCACUAAGGAAGUUUACACAGCCAGCGUCCCCGAAAUGUCUGACGUUGGAACUUCUGUAAUGGAAGUCACUGCCAUAGAUGCAGAUGAUGCCACAUACGGAAACAGUGCCAAGCUGGUGUUCAGUAUAUUACAGGGACAACCAUACUUCUCUGUGGACCCAGAGUCAGGUGAGAUCAGGACGGCUCUGCCGAACAUGAACAGGGAGAUGCGUGAGCACUACCAGGUGGUGAUCCAGGCCAAAGACAUGGCGGGUCAAAUGGGCGGACUCACAGGGACCACUACGGUUAACAUCACCCUGACGGACGUCAACAACAGCCCACCACGCUUCCCUCACAGCUCGUACCACCUGUCAGUCUCAGAGUCAGCAGGGAUCGGAUCAACGGUGGGUCGGAUCAAAGCUGCCGACGGCGACAUCGGAGUGAACGCAGAGACGCAUUACAGCAUCGUCGACGGCGACGGGCGGGACUCGUUCGGCAUCGCGACUGACAGGCUGACGCAGGAGGGCGUUAUUACCGUAAAAAAGCGACUGGACUACGAAAACAAAAAGACCUACACGCUAAAAGUGGAGGCGUCAAACACGCACCUGGACCACCGGUUCGAUCACCUGGGUCCGUUUAAAGACACAGCGCUGGUUAAGGUCUCAGUGCAGGAUGUGGACGAGCCCCCCGUGUUCAGCAGUUCCGUGUACGUCUUUGAGGUUCAGGAGGACACCCCCAUGGGCAGCCUGAUUGGUGUGGUCAGCGCUUGGGACCCCGAUGUCAAUAGUCACCGGGUCAGGUACUCUAUAGACAGGCACACAGACCUUGAUAGGCUUUUCAACAUCAGUUCCUUCAAUGGAUCAAUCUCGAGUCUACAGUUUCUGGACAGGGAAACCUCAAAAUGGCAUAACAUUUCAGUGGUUGCAACUGAAAUAGGUAACCCUCAGCAAAUCAGUCGUGUCCCAGUUUUCAUCAAGCUUCUAGACAUCAAUGACAACGCGCCUGAAUUUGCCAUGUUUUACGAGACCUUUGUUUGUGAGAAUGUCAAAGCUGGACAGCUAAUUCAGACUAUAAGUGCGGUUGACACAGAUGAGCCACUUAUUGGACACAAAUUUGUUUUCAGUUUGAGUUCCUCAAAUCCAAACUUUACAGUCAUCGACAAUGAAGAUAACACAGCUAGAAUUCUGACCGGAAGAAGUGGAUUUAGUCGGCGUGAAAGGAGUGCCUACCUCCUGCCCGUAGUUAUAUCUGAUAAUGACUAUCCUAUCCAGAGUAGUACAAGCACGCUGACCAUCCAAGUGUGCGCCUGCGACCGUAGGGGCAACGUGAGGUCCUGUGGCCUCGAGGCUUUCCUGCUCUCCACCCGGCUCAGCACCGCCGCCCUGGUGGCCAUCCUGCUGUGCGUCAUAAUCCUCCUCAUGAUCGUUGUUCUGUUCGCCGCCCUGCCGAGACAGAAGAAGAAGGGGCCUCUAAUCAUCUCCAAAGAGGACGUGAGGGACAACGUGGUGAGCUACAACGACGAAGGCGGCGGGGAGGAGGACACGCAGGCCUUCGACAUCGGCACGCUGCGGAACCCCGAGGUCAUGGACGUCAACAAGCAGCGGCGUGACAUCAUCCCGGACAUGCUGUUUCCCUGCCGCCGGGCCUCGGCCGCUCACGUCAGCUCGGACAUCAGGGACUUCAUCAACUGCCGGCUGACGGAGAACGACUCGGACCCCGCGGCGCCCCCUUACGACUCGCUGGCCACCUACGCCUACGAGGGGAGCGGCUCCCUGGCAGAGUCUCUGAGCUCGCUCGGCUCGGCUGAGACGGAUGGUGACCAGGAGUUCGAUUACCUCGGUAGCUGGGGACCUCACUUCAAAAAGCUGGCCGACAUGUAUAUAGCAAAGAACGUGGCCAGAGAGGCUUAAGUCCCAGCCUCUGCGUCACACGCCCGCCAACAUAAUGUGAAGACGUGAACAAGGGAGAGGUUUACCUUUCCUGCUGUAACUCUGGAUUCCAUCAAAACUUGAAUAUCAUUCGACCACGCUAGUCAUGGUUUUUAACUCUGGUUUUCUAUCUUUUUCUUUUUGUUGUACCUCUUUAUCUAUUUUGUAAAUGGUGAAUAUAUUCAAUAUUUUUUUGUUAAGGUUUUUGUGUAUUAUGCCGUGGCCAACAUUUGUAAUUAGGAGAAAGGUGGUGGUAUUCUUGUAUACAAUCAGUGUUUACAGAGGAAAAUGAUUAUGCUACAGACUGAAGCAUUAAUAGGUAAUUGUGUAUAAUGUGUUAUAAUGACAAUAUUUAAUUAUUAGAAUUUAUUGUUUUAUGUUCAAGUAAAGGGUUGGUGAGAUUUGCUCGUCAAACUGUGGCUUGAUUUUCAUUAGAUGUUGACAUGUAAUACAGACUCUUUUAGACUCAUUGAAAAACCUUGACAUUGUAUGAA